UAAUUCUUCACCGACAAUUGUGUCCCCGCUUUCCUCAAAUCGUCCGCUUCAAUGAUAAGGAAUUCGCCCAGUUACUUCCGCAAAAAAGCUCAUCUCGAGAUCCAUGAGUUUCGAACGUCGCGUCACCGCCGAGAACGCGAUCCAACAUUCUCCAACGAAUUCUCCCUCAUCAUCCACGGUGUCAACGACACAUGUCCGACUUGAAAUCUGCUGUACUUACACGGUAUUAGCAUAAGCGGUAUAACAAAGAAAAGACUGAACGUAAGUACAGAAAAAAGAACAAUAUGAGACCCCUCAGAACGUCUCGUCCAAGCGCGCCAAGUUUGUCGUGAUCACAUGCUAGGGUCACGUGACGAAUGACGUGUUCGCGCGUGCGUCCGACGAGACUUGUCACCGCAGUUUCCUGCCUACCCGGAGCAUGUGCGCGCCACGUACGCACGCACGCACACGUGCGUAUGUGUGUGUGUGUGUGUGUGUGUGUGUGCAUGUUUACUUUCGUUACUUGCAAAGGCAGAUCGUGCGAAAAUGAAGAAGCAGUCGUGACCACGACGUGGUCGACGCGAUAGCGCUCGUCGGGAGGGAUUUUCGCUCGCUCGCUCGUUCGGAGACUUUCUUCGGCUGCCCCUACCACCGCUAUCGUCUACUUAUUCAAUAUCGUAAUGUCGACGAAACACGACGACCACGUUCGCACAGCGACGGUUUAAAGUCUACCGCACAAACAGUAUUCUCGUCCGCGACACGGCUAAAAUCAAAACACGAGCAGCUGUGGAAGAAGAGAAAGAGAAAAAAAGGGAGAGAAAGAGAGAGAGAGAAGAGAACGAUCAAGCUUUCCUCUGUUUGUUGUUUAUGCACACACGCGUAAUUUCGCGGAGAGAGACCCACAUGAAUGCUCCUGCACGCCUGUCGCAUCGUGAUCCCGAAAUAGGAUCAAGGAUAACGACGUGAAAGAUUUUUUCUGGAAUUGCGCGUGCCGCCGAUCGCCGACAGCCCGAGAGAAGCCGGUCCGUUGUUGAGAAGAUUCAUCAGGUCCGAAUAGUUCAACGAGUUGAUUCCCCGAUGGCUUCGUUAGUGACGGGCGUCCGGGUCACUGGAAUGCUUUAUCAGCUCUGCGCCUGUGCAUCAAGGACACUGGCCACAAGCACGAUGCCCAGUAACAACACCAAGGACGAGGCGAAGGAAGUGAUUGUUAAUUACUUAGACGGCAAGGACAACGGUAUCGCCGUGAUAGGACUGAACAGACCCGCCGCUCGUAAUUCCUUUGGCAAGGGCAUGGUCUCGCAAUUGAUUGAAACUCUGGCCACUGUUAGGCAGAAUGAGAAGCUGAGGGUGCUGAUUUUACGUAGCCUCGUCCCGAAGGUAUUCUGCGCCGGGGCGGACUUGCGGGAGAGAUUGACGAUGGACAGCACCGAGGUGUCACGAUUCGUAUCUUCUCUAAGGAGCAUGAUCAGCAACGUGGCGACCUUGCCGACUCCAGUGAUCUCCGCGAUAGAUGGAGUAGCUUUGGGUGGAGGACUUGAGCUAGCUUUAGCUACUGACAUCAGGGUCGCCGCCUCGGAGGCCAAGAUGGGUCUCGUGGAAACUAGAUUGGCGAUAAUACCGGGUGGCGGUGGUACGCAAAGACUGCCGCGGAUAGUCGGAUUAGCCAAGGCCAAAGAGCUCAUCUACACGGCGCGGAUUCUCGACGGCGAGCAGGCGUGGCAGAUCGGUCUCGUGAACCAGGUAGUGCCGCAAAACAAGAGCGGAAACGCGGCUUACGAGGCGGCUCUCUCCAUCGCCAGAGAAAUCUUGCCCAACGGUCCCAUCGGCGUUAAAAUGGCGAAAGUGGCAAUAUCCGAAGGUACAGAGGUAUCACUUAAGGACGGCUUGGAGAUCGAAGGACAGUGUUAUGGCAAAAUCGUGGACACGAAGGAUAGGAUUGAAGGACUCGCUGCUUUCGCGGCGAAGCGUGUACCUGUUUAUCAAGGAGCAUAGAAAUUCAUGUGCGAUCGAUUUUUAACGAACGUUCGGUUGCCAUGUCAAACGAAAAAUGCAUUUUAUAUCGAUAUCUUUAUAAAAUAA